CCCUCACUUCUCUUCUUCCCCAAUUCCAAUUGUUGCAUCUUCCUCUUCCUUCUGCUCGUUGUUCUCUCUCCCACUACAUUUGUUAUUUUAGCCCUCCCAUGGCGAUUUCUCUCUCCACAACUUUUCCCUCCAACACCACCACAUUCCAACCAACCAAACUCCCCCCCUAUCACCGCUCUUCAUCCAAUAUAGUAGGAGUAUACUACGAUAACCAUAAUCUCAGUUUCUCUCUCCUCACCAAGUCUUUGAUCAGAAACAUCAAUCGCUCAUCGCCUCACCACCCAAAAAUCGCAGCUUCCGCAGUCUCUGGCUCUCCGGGAUUUGCUUCUUCUGAGGUGAGCGAAGAUGCAACAAGCUUAUUGGAUAGAGUAACAGUGUUUGAUUUGAACGGGCAGGGUAUACCGAUUGCUGAUUUGUGGAAAGAGAGGAAAGCUAUUGUUGCAUUUGCUCGCCAUUUUGGAUGUGUUCUUUGUCGCAAACGUGCUGAUUAUCUUGCUGCUAAAAAGGACGUAAUGGAUGCAGCUGGUGUGGCACUUGUUUUAAUUGGACCGGGUAGCGUAGAUCAGGCUAAAGCAUUCUCUGAGCAAACAAAAUUCAAAGGAGAAGUGUAUGCAGAUCCCAGCUACUCAUCAUAUGAGGCGUUGAGAUUUGUUUCUGGGGUAUCAACUACAUUUACUCCUGGGGCGGGUCUGAAGAUUAUAGAGGCAUACAUGGAAGGUUACCGACAAGACUGGGCACUUUCAUUCGAAAAGGACACCAGGACAAGAGGCGGCUGGCAACAAGGUGGAAUCAUUGUUGCUGGUCCUGGGAAAAGUAACAUCUCAUACAUCCACAAGGAUAAAGAAGCGGGAGAUGAUCCAGCUAUAGAAGAUAUAUUGCAAGCGUGUUGCUCCUAGUGUACCAGACAAAGUGUGCCUUCAACUGUCCGUAUAAUAACACACUUCAACUGUCCGUAUAAUAACACUAGCAUGUAUAUUUUUUUUUGUUAUAGCUAAUAUUAUUUGCAUGCACCCUAAUUUAAACAAUUAGAAGGUAGUUGUUGUUCCAUAGCCCUUUAUUUUGUAAUGUAAAUAUAUAUAGCAUCUUCUGGGUUCGGGGAUGUUCGCGUUUGUCCCUAAGGGAAGCAGAUUGUUAUUUGGAAAUUUUAACAGUAUAUUGAGCCUUA